GUAGACGGAAUGGUUGCAGUAGCAUCUUAACCGAGGCUUCUUUAGCGUGCGCGUAAAACCCAUUAAGGACUUGACAAACUGGACAAGAAUAGAGCGAUGCCAUCUUGUGACGAAACCUCAAUCCAGUUGCGAAAGGAGCAGGAUGAAUUUAAUGCUCACCAGAUUGUUGGCAUUCCUUCACGUCGGGCUCCACGUCGCUCUCCAAAUGUUUAUUUACCCUUGCCAUCUGCAUCCCCAGCCUUGUCACAUCCUGGCGCGCAUUGGACACACAGUGCGCUUGGGUGCGCUCCUGCCGACCCGUCAGCAGUCCAGGAUACAUGGCGCCCUCAACCGCGCCCUGAUCCACCUUCGGCAAAGUGGGAACAACUUCUUGCCGUACAACCUGAGCUUGGAAGUGUUAUCCCGAGAACCGCUAAAUGGCGAUCCGGAGUCCAUGCUCAGGUGCGUGUGUCAGGAUAUCGUUGUUCAAGGAGUCUCCGCUGUGCUCGCGUUCCCACAGAGCCGCGAGGAGCUCAUACAAGUGGAGUUUAUGUCCUCGUUUUUGGAAAUACCUUUCAUCAGCAUCAUUGAACAGGGCGAACCUCUUAACACACAGAACCGAUUCCAUCUGCAGAUGAUGACACGUACGCCCCCCUCAGGACUGACGGAGCUGCUGUUAGCUGUGUUGCUGAAGAGGGGCUGGAAGGGCGGGGCGGCCACUCUUUGUCCAGGAAGUGGGAACACAGGAAUGCUGGAUGAACUGGAACAGAGGGGUCAUCUGGGCCUGGAUGGAGCACACUGGCACCUUUGGGAGACUCUCAACUUGUCCAGACUAGAAACUGGAGCCACAGAGGAGGGAGAGGAGAAAGUGAGGGAGCAGAAGGUGAUGGAGCUCCUCUCUCAGCUCCUCAGCAGGACUCCUUCUGCUCCGGCCUCUUCAGUGGUUCUUUUUGGCUCUGACCCAGAAUGUAUGGCCACUGUGUUGCGUAGUGCCCAAGAGUUGAGCUUUGGGUUGCCCCCAAUUCACUGGAUAAUGGGAUACCCACUUAGUCUGGAUUCUCUACACUCCAUUGGCUCCCCCCUGGGUCUUCUGGCUUAUGGCGAGGUGAAUCGCAAGCCCCUAAACUUCUACAUAAGGGAUACUCUGCAGCUGAUUGGCAGGGCUGUGUAUGCUGCUACAAUGGUGAGACCGGACCUGGCACUUAUCCAGAAUAUGGUCAACUGCUUCGACAAGCCCAAUAAACAUGAGCUGCCCUCCUCUGGACAGUACCUUGCCCGGUUUUUGUCAAACACUUCAUUCACAGGGUUGUCAGGCCCAGUGCGAGUACAGCGCUCCCUCUCCAGGGUCCUUACCUCCCAACGUUUCCACAUCUGGAGUCUACAGAGGGACCCUCUAGGCCAGCCCAGUUGGGUGACCGUGGCAAGCUGGCAGUCGGGCCAGCUGGAAGUGGAGGAACAGGGCCUGUGGCCAGGCAUGACCAAGCACCGGGAGGAGGGCCCAGGGAUCAGGCUAGGCGGCCGCUGGCAAGCAGGGCUUCCAGUGUCAGGCAGCAGAUUGCGGGUGGUGACUUUGGUCGAGCACCCGUUUGUGUUCACACGGGAGGUGGAUGAUGAAGGCCAGUGUCUGGCAGGUCAGAUGUGCCUUGACCCUCAAACCAACAGCUCUGAAGUCCUCAACCAGCUGUUCAGAGAGCUGGAACAAACCAACAGCAGCUCACUGCCAGCUGACAUCCGUAAAUGCUGCUAUGGAUAUUGCAUUGACCUGCUGGAGAAGUUAGCAGAGGACAUGAACUUUGAGUUUGAUCUUUACAUUGUGGGUGAUGGGAAGUAUGGGGCUUGGAAAGGUGGUAGAUGGACUGGGCUGGUGGGUGACCUUCUCAGUGGUAUGGCUGAUAUGGCCGUCACCAGCUUUAGCAUCAAUUCAGCUCGUAGUAGAGUGAUAGACUUCACAAGCCCCUUCUUCUCCACCAGUCUGGGGAUCCUGGUGCGCAGCAAGGACACAGCUGCACCCAUCGGGGCAUUCAUGUGGCCCCUCCACUGGUCCAUGUGGGUGGGCAUCUUUGUGGCAUUGCAUAUCACAGCACUUUUCAUCACCCUGUACGAGUGGAACAGUCCAUUUGGCAUGACGCCGCACGGACGCAACCGCAUCAGGGUCUUCUCGUAUUCGUCUGCUCUGAACCUCUGCUACGCAAUUCUGUUUGGCCGAACUGUCGCCAGUAAAACUCCAAAGUGCUGGACAGGCCGGUUCCUCAUGAACCUUUGGGCCAUUUUUUGCCUCUUGGUUUUGUCCAGUUACACAGCCAACCUAGCAGCUGUCAUGGUGGGGGAGAAGACCUUUGAAGAGGUGUCAGGGAUUCACGAUAUCAAGCUCCAUCACCCAUCUCUGGGGUUUCGCUUCGGCACAGUUCGAGAGAGUAGUGCUGAGGACUACGUGAAGAAGAGCUUCCCUGAGAUGCACGAGUACAUGAGGCGCUUCAACAAGCCCACCACUCCAGAUGGAGUUUCUACACUCAAGACAGAUCCCCCUCAGCUAGAUGCCUUCAUCAUGGACAAGGCUCUGCUGGACUACGAGGUGUCCAUAGAUGCAGACUGCAAACUCCUGACUAUAGGAAAACCAUUUGCAAUUGAAGGUUAUGGGAUUGGGCUGCCCCAGAACUCUCCUCUUACCCGAAACAUUUCUGAAUAUGUCAGCCGCUACAAGUCUGAUGGCUACAUGGACUUGCUCCACGACAAGUGGUAUAAAGUGGUUCCCUGUGGAAAGAGGGUCUUUGCUGUGACAGAGACUCUACAGAUGGGUAUCCAGCAUUUCUCGGGGCUGUUCGUGCUGUUGUGUGUGGGGGUGGCGGGUGCUUUACUCACUCUGCUGGGGGAGCACGCUUUCUUCAGAUUCAUCCUGCCUCACCUCCGCCACCAGCAGAGAUUCAAAUACUGGCUCCACACCAGUCAGAAAAUCCACCGUGCAUUAAAUAUGCGGUGCGAGGAUGAGAGGAAAUCAGAGGCUGAGAGCACAGACAGAUGUCCCACCUUGUGCCUAUCAGAAAACUGCAAUCUUCACCGCUUGCCAACACCUGCCUCUUCUUCUCCUCCACCCUCCACCUCCUCAACGUUUCCUUCCUCCUCUACAACCAAGUGGAACAAUCAGACUGCCAAGGCCGGUCGAGAGGCCAAGGAGCAUAAUAAGCGUGUCCACUUCAACCUAGAGACACUCAACAGCUAUCAACUGCAAGCUCCGUCCCCUGGACCAGACAGAGGCAGGAGGGGGCUGGUGGGCAGUCCACCUACCCAGUUGUGCUCCAACGGUGGUCCUAAUCUCAGUCUCAGUUUGGUGCUCUCACCCCCAGCCUGCUUUGGACACUCUACACCAUGGGAAGAAGAGCUCCAAGAGCUGCAAGGGAGGAUUGAGGAGUUUCGUGGCCAGCUCAGGGCCGCCCUAUCCAGGAGAGCUGAGCUCCAGCGCAGCCUGGUCAGACAAAGGCUCAGCCAGACCCAAACAGCCGCUUCCUCUAAUCCUGCUGAGCGGUCAGCCUCUUCCACCAACAAUACCCUGACCAAAGACAUCAACAGGGAGAGGUGAUGUAAGUGGCUGGACAUUCAGGAGGGUAACAGUGGAUAUGGGGGAUAAGGGACAUUCUCUCAUCUGAGAAGCCAUGCAGCCGUUUAUUCUGCCUUCCCCUUUCACACUGACUGAUGGGGAGUUAGGGAUAUAUGGAGCACUCUGUGAGAGAAUCAGCUUGUAAUACUGCAGUCUGGCUGACCUCCAGCUCAAGAGAGAAAGCAUUUGUCUGUGUGUGUGUGUGUGUGUGUGUGUGUGUGUGUGUGUGUGUGUGUGAGUGUACUUGACCUAGAACAGACACUUAAAGGCAUUGUUCACCCCAAAAUAAAUUUCUGUCAUCAUUCACUCACCCUCACCUUGUUCCACACCUGUAUGACUUUCAUUCUUCUGUGGAACACUUCUGUGGAGAUCAGGCAGAGUGACAGCCUCAGUUACCAUUCACUUUCAUUUUAUGGAAAAACUGAUGUUGAGGAUGACAGAAUUUUCAUUUUCUGGUGAACUGUCCCUUUAAUACGCCAUUCACUGCUGGCCAAGAUGAAUAUCUGCAUUAACAAACAUCCAGCGUGAAAAUAGCUUCAUUUUGUAAAUAAUUCAAUGGGAUUGCUUAAUGGGAAAGCAACAAUGGACCAAACCUAAAAUUUUGACUAUGUUACUACUUGUCUUGCUGUGUGAACUUUUCCACACUUAUAUUGUAUGAAUAGAUAUGACGUUUGCUUGUGUGUUUAAAUGGUGAUAAAGUAUGAUUCUGUUGGAGAUGUUUGACCCCUUUAGAUGUCACGGGCCAUCUGUAUUACACUGUAUAAUCUAAAUAUUAUAA